AAAAUUCGACAAGGAUUCAGCAACAGCAGUGAAGCUGUGUUCCGGUGCUCUGUUCCCACUUGUUUCGAUUUCUCGUUGGUUUAGGUCUCCUGUCUCGCCUUGUGUUACAUUAGUUGCAGCACAGUAAAAACGUUUUACUCAGCAAACAACAAUCACCAAUCCUUCUGAAACAUUGGAUAGCGUUGAAUUAGAACCACAGCAACAACAACAACAACAAGAUUAUGGGCAUACUACAGGACGAUGUGGUGAUUAUCAGGCAGCCAGAGAACGAAGAUGAAUCGACCGUGAUAACUGUGAAUUGCCCUGACAAGACUGGUCUAGGUUGUGAUUUGUGUCGCAUCAUACUCUUCUUUGGUCUUAGCAUUGUCCGAGGAGACGUAUCCACCGAUGGGAAAUGGUGCUACAUAGUUUUCUGGGUGGUGGGGAAACAAAAGACGAGGUGGAGUUUGUUGAAGAAGAGGCUAAUUGGGGCAUGCCCUUCUUGUUCUUCAGCUUCUGGUAUUUCUUAUUACCGCUCUGACUUGCAGCCGCCAAAGCCUCCGGAUGUGUUCCUUUUGAAAUUUUGUUGCCAUGAUCGUAGAGGCCUUUUACAUGAUGUUACAGAGGUUCUUUGUGAGCUGGAGCUCACCAUAAAAAAAGUGAAGGUAUCAACUACACCUGAUGGCAAAGUGAUGGAUCUGUUUUUCAUCACGGAUACAAGGGAACUUCUACAUACAAAGAAGAGAAGGGAUGACACAAUUGAACAGUUAACAGCUAUUUUGGAGGAUGCCUUAAUUUCCAUUGAUAUUGAAUUGGUUGGCCCAGAAAUUACUGCUUGUUCUCAAGCAUCUUCAUUCCUUCCAAAUGAAAUCACAGAAGAUGUCUUCGAUUUGGAACUGCCUGAUUCAGUUCGAAGUGGGACUUAUACAUCAGAUUCUGUUUCUAUUGCGAUGGACAACUUGUUGAGUCCUGCUCAUACGCUUGUCCAAAUUAUGUGCCAAGAUCACAAAGGUCUUCUUUAUGACAUCAUGAGAACUCUGAAGGACUACAAUAUUCAGAUUUCUUAUGGGCGAUUCACAACAAAACCUAGAGGAAAAUGUGAGCUCGACUUGUUCAUCAUGCAAGCAGAUGGGAAAAAGAUAGUUGACGCCAGCAAGCAGGAGUCUUUGUACUCACGCCUUAGGAUGGAACUACUACGUCCGCUUAGAGUAGCUGUUGUGAGCAGGGGCCCUGAUACAGAGCUGCUAGUUGCAAACCCCGUGGAGUUAUCUGGCAAGGGACGGCCUCUUGUUUUUCAUGAUAUUACUCUUGCUCUCAAAAUGCUUGGCACUGGCAUCUUUUCGGCUGAAAUUGGAAGACAUGUGAUCAGAGACCGCGAGUGGGAAGUGUAUAGAGUCUUGCUGGAUGAAGGGGAGAGUUUAUCGGUUCCAUGGAACAAGAUUGAGAAAGGAGUUUGGAAAAUGUUGAUGGGUUGGGAGUGAUCCAUCAUUGGUGGCAUUGUUACUUCUCAAUGGACCUGUGCCUGUGUACAGAUAACAAGGUUCUCAAAUAGUUACUAGAAUGUAAGUAGAUGAAAUUGUGAAAUAUAUUGUGCAAAUUAUAAUCUUUCCCACGUUAUAUUAUAGAGUUUUUGUGAUUCUAACUUAUGUGUAGAAAGAAGGCAGUAGCAACUAGCAAGUAUAUUCAAACAAAAAAAGGAGGGUAGUUGGGUUGAUCAAAGCAUU